AUGGCAGCAGUAGUGGCGACGGUGACGGUGGAGGCGGCACCGACUUCUUCUUCUUCUUUCUCUGCUAGUCUCCCUUCUCCUUCUCAGGAAUCUGAACUUGACUCAGUUACUCCUGCGAUCUGGCGAUCUUUAGGAGGUAAUCACUUUGACGAUUACUAUUGGUCCCCUUCCCAGGGUUCCUCUGAUGGGAUGAUAAUUGGUUGGAACAGUUCCACACUCAAGGGGAAACUGAUUCACUCCAGUAAAUUCUGCUUAACUGUUGAGUUUCAUAACUCACUUAUUGAAGAUAUCUGGCUAUGUACUUCUGUGUAUGGCCCUAAUGAUAAACAUCUCAAACAAUCUUUCUGGAAUGAGAUCCGAUCUAGCAAUGGGGGUAAAACUAAUCCUUGGGUGAUCUGUGGUGACUUCAAUGCCAUCUUUUCAACUUUAGAUAAAAACCAAGGAGUCCCAUUCAGAGAGGACAUCACACAGGCGCAAGCUCUUAUGCGCGAUCUUAAUCUUGUGGAACCUCCUUCUGUGGGUUUUGGUGAUCUCAUUCAAACUUGGUGGAAGGAAGUGAACCCCCAAGGUUGUGGUGCCUUCAUUUUAUCCAAAAAAUUGUCUCACACCAGAGCUAAAUUGAGGGCCUGGGCUAAUACUUCUUUUGGCUCUAUUAAAUUGUGGAAACUCAACAUCCUCCGUGAAAUCGAAAAUCUUGAUGUGAUUAAGGAUACUCGUUGCCUUUCAGAAUCUGAACUCCAAAGAGAUUCUGAACUUAAGCAAACUCUGCACAACACUCUUAAUCUUGAGGAAACGUACUGGAGACAACGCUCUAGAGUCACUUGGCUUAAGGAAGGCGACUCCAACACCAAAUUUUUUCAUGCUGUUGCUAACGGUAGAAGAAACCAUUUCUACUUUGGUUCAUCUAAUCUGGAACGAAUCAAUUGGGCAAACAUCGUCCUUAUUCCCAAGACUAAUUCACCUGAAUUAGUGUCCGAUUUUCGUCCCAUCAGCCUUAUCAAUUCUUCUCUCAAAAUCAUCUCGAAAGUGCUUGCCUCCAAACUUGGCAAAGUCAUCGACUCUCUUAUUGAGACUCAUCAGUCUGUUUUUAUCGCGGGUAGAUGUAUUCUUGAUAAUAUUGUGGCGGCGGAGGAGACGAUCUCUAGCCUCCAAAAGCGCAGAAUCAUGGGCAAUAUUAUAAAGGUUGAUUUCGCCAAAGCCUUUGAUAUGGUUAACUGGGAUUUCCUUCUUGAUCUUCUGAAAGCUCAUGGUUUUGGGGAGCGUUGGAUUGGUUGGAUUGAAAGAUUGAUGUUCACUUCUAAAUCCUCUAUUCUUGUAAAUGGCUCAGUGAAUGGAUUUGUCAGACACAAAAGAGACCUCAGACAUGGAGACCCCCUCUCCCCUCUCCUGUUCAUUCUUGUUGUUGAUGUUUUAAGUUCACUGCUCUCCAACGCCUUAGAUUCUGGAAUCCUUUAUGGGGUCCCCCUUGGCAGUCAGGGGAAGAUUUGUCAUCUUCAAUACGUAGAUGAUCUACUUAUUUUAACAGCUGGAGGGGCAUAA